AAACAACCCGAGUCGAUGGAAGGAUCACAGUUUGUCAACGACUUCUUAGCUCAUCUAAUAUUAUUUGAUUCGAAAUAAGUAUAAUACAAAUAUAACUUCGAAAAUGAAAGCUGUUUUAAUUUGGUUUCUGGGUACUUUGGCACUUGUCCUAAGUCAUCCUGGGAUCAGAGACGGUCAUCAACCUGCACCAUACAUAAAUCGUCCUAAAUUGCCAUCGAACCCUCCACGAUACAGUCGCUCGGCUGAUCCUCAAGGAUCUAUUGUCUUUCAACACACGAAGCCUUUGGAUGGACCAGAACGUCGUCCAAGUUGGAAUUUAGACUACCAGCAUAACAUCUAUGAAGGUAAAAAUGCCCAAAUAAGUGCUUCAGGUGGUGCGCUAAAGCUUCCCGGAAGAGAUGUUCAACCUCAUGUUGGUAUCCAAGGAUCAUGGAGAUUCCGUCGAUCACCUGAACCUCAAGGAUCUAUUGUCUUUCAACACACAAAGCCUUUGAAUGGACCAGAACGUCGUCCAAGUUGGAAUUUAGACUACCAGCAUAACAUCUAUGAAGGCAAAAAUGGCCAAAUAAGCGCUGCAGGUGGUGCGCUAAAGCUUCCCGGAAGAGAUGUUCAACCUCACGUUGGCAUCCAAGGAACCUGGAGAUUCCGUCGUUCCCCAGAACCUCAAGGAUCUAUUGUCUUUUAACACACGAAGCCUUUGGAUGGACCAGAACGUCGUCCAAGUUGGAAUUUAGACUACCAGCACAAUAUCUAUGAAGGCAAAAAUGGGCAAAUAAGCGCUGCAGGUGGUGCGCUAAAGCUUCCCGGAAGAGAUGUUCAACCCCACGUUGGCAUCCAAGGAACCUGGAGAUUCCGUCGUUCCCCAGAACCUCAAGGAUCUAUUGUCUUUCAACACACGAAGCCUUUGGAUGGACCAGAACGUCGUCCAAGUUGGAAUUUAGACUACCAGCAUAACAUCUAUGAAGGCAAAAAUGGCCAAAUAAGCGCUUCAGGUGGUGCGCAAAAACUUCCCGGAAGAGGUGUUGAACCUCACGUUGGCAUCCAAGGAACCUGGAGAUUCCGUCGUUCCCCAGAACCUCAAGGAUCUAUUGUCUUUCAACACACGAAGCCUUUGGAUGGACCAGAACGUCGUCCAAGUUGGAAUUUAGACUACCAGCAUAACAUCUAUGAAGGCAAAAAUGGCCAAAUAAGCGCUUCAGGUGGUGCGCAAAAACUUCCCGGAAGAGGUGUUGAACCUCACGUUGGCAUCCAAGGAACCUGGAGAUUCCGUCGUUCCCCAGAACCUCAAGGAUCUAUUGUCUUUCAACACACGAAGCCUUUGGAUGGACCAGAACGUCGUCCAAGUUGGAAUUUAGACUACCAGCAUAACAUCUAUGAAGGCAAAAAUGGGCAAAUAAGCGCUUCAGGUGGUGCGCUAAAGGUUCCCGGAAGAGAUGUUCAACCCCACGUUGGCAUCCAAGGAACCUGGAGAUUCCGUCGUUCCCCAGAACCUCAAGGAUCUAUUGUCUUUUAACACACGAAGCCUUUGGAUGGACCAGAACGUCGUCCUAGUUGGAAUUUAGACUACCAGCAUAACAUCUAUGAAGGCAAAAAUGGCCAAAUAAGCGCUUCAGGUGGUGCGCAAAAACUUCCCGGAAGAGGUGUUGAACCUCACGUUGGCAUCCAAGGAACCUGGAGAUUCCGUCGUUCCCCAGAACCUCAAGGAUCUAUUGUCUUUCAACACACGAAGCCUUUGGAUGGACCAGAACGUCGUCCAAGUUGGAAUUUAGACUACCAGCAUAACAUCUAUGAAGGCAAAAAUGGCCAAAUAAGCGCUUCAGGUGGUGCGCAAAAACUUCCCGGAAGAGGUGUUGAACCUCACGUUGGCAUCCAAGGAACCUGGAGAUUCCGUCGUUCCCCAGAACCUCAAGGAUCUAUUGUCUUUCAACACACGAAGCCUUUGGAUGGACCAGAACGUCGUCCAAGUUGGAAUUUAGACUACCAGCAUAACAUCUAUGAAGGCAAAAAUGGGCAAAUAAGCGCUUCAGGUGGUGCGCUAAAGGUUCCCGGAAGAGAUGUUCAACCCCACGUUGGCAUCCAAGGAACCUGGAGAUUCCGUCGUUCCCCAGAACCUCAAGGAUCUAUUGUCUUUUAACACACGAAGCCUUUGGAUGGACCAGAACGUCGUCCUAGUUGGAAUUUAGACUACCAGCAUAACAUCUAUGAAGGCAAAAAUGGGCAAAUAAGCGCUUCAGGUGGUGCGCUAAAGGUUCCCGGAAGAGAUGUCCAACCUCACGUUGGUAUCCAAGGAACAUGGAGAUUCUGAUAUGUAAAGAAUAGUCAAUAAAAUUAAGUAUUUAUCAAAUAUUGUAAAUAAAUUCUCGGUUUUUACUACAUACCUGUAAUGUUCUUAUACUAAAAUAAAUCGUACAUCAAUAUCA